CAUACAUUCACGGCAGUGCACGCUGCAUCAUGGCGUAGAUACGGUAUAGUUUAAGUGGGAGAAACCGUAUAUGAUCGUCCUCAGACUGAGACAGUCCCGUGUGAACGACCGUGAAGUGAACCUCGGAGGUACACGCUUGGGACCUUGAGUUCUACGCUUUCGCACUGAAAUUUUGAUGUUCCAGGAACAUUAACCAGCAACAAUAACGUUAUUUAAAAGUGAACGAUCAUCAGUGCGUUCUUGUCUGACCACUGGAUUUUGGCGGAGUGAAACAACAUAGAUUAACGGAGUUCUUGGUUGUAUUUAUGGUCUCCAGGAGAAAUUUACUGAUCCAGAUUCUCUAUAAACCUUGCUCGGUAAUGUGCCUUUAGCGAAUGAUGUUAAUCAAGUGCGGAGAAAUUGUACCGAAACUUGGAGCAAAAAUCACUUUAAAGAUUUAUUUAUUUAUAUUGAACUGAUGAUAAAGUGAAAAAUACAGAAUUUCUUUUAAGUGAUUAUGUUUUAAAUGCAUUACAUUGUAACACUAGUAAUCAUUUUAAAGUUUGGUACGGUGCAUUGGCCGAAAACCUGACGUAUACACUGAUCUGAUCCGCUGCCAAGUAGGUCAACCGGCGUGCGCGAGACUGAGUAAGCGAAAAAAAACGAGAGGAAGAAGGAGAGAAAAGAAAGAAUGGCGUGCCGCAGGCAGCGCCCGUGAAACUCUCCUGAUGUUCAGCGACUCGUUGUAGACUUGUAAUCCAAAAUGGCGGAUAUCGGUAGGCAUCGCAGUUUACUUCAAAUAAACCAAGAUUGGCCCAGGUGUUCAGAAUCCUGAAAACAUCGUGUUCUUGACGUCCGUAUCAUUAAUCUUGUAAACGAGAAGGAUUGCGAGAACGAUUGGCGAUCAUGGUGUGUCCCAUUAAAUCGAAGGUUCUCGUGACCUUCACGAUCCUUGCAUUGUUCGGAGUAUCAGCUAUACAGAAUGAUAGAACGUCUUCUCAUAUGUCCCGGGAAAAUAUCGUGCUAAGUGCUAGCGCUUACACCGGACCUGAAAAAACAUCCAGCAGAAGUCAACUAGAUGAGUCUUUGAUUUUCCAGAGAACCGUCCCAGCGUUUCAGCUAGAAAGUUCGAAGAGCGUUAACAAUUACGAUAAAGAGGAGACCAGGUUUACAUUUAAAGAUACGAAUCGCGACGAGCCCAUCGAUGAACUAAUACCGUCGAAGCACGUGGCUCAUAUCGACGGCAAUAACAUUGAGGUGAAAGCCGGAGAGUACUUUCACAUAGUGCCUACUACUAGCAAGUCAAUGUCGGGGGAAGAACAAGGGGCUCCGCUGGGAGUAGAACUCCGGUCGGAGCCCCAUCAGCCGAUUGGCGCGCCGAGGUUACAAGUAUUGCAUUCAUCAGUAACGGAUCUGCAACGACGAGGUCGUCAAGAGAUCCCGAGGAUCUAUAGCGAGCACGCACCACCACCGUUGGUCUCGCAAACCGCCUCGCCAGGUAGACAAGCAAACCCCGAUAUACAGGACAUCAUUACUGGUAUUGUUAAGUUGCUAAAUGGUAAUGUGAAUGUAGCCGCUAAUACUGUGAGACCACUAAGACCAAUUCAGGCCACAAGAAUCAACAACCGAGGACCGCCUAGAAUCUCGGACGUACCGCCGUUACCGCCGGACUUUGAUACUCCGGGUAUGAAUCCACCGCCGCCACCUCCAUCAUCGCAUCCUUAUCCUUUCGAGAGGACUUCUGCACCUUUGUUGAAUCAGUUGCCACCAGAGAGACCUGUUAGACCCUUCAUCAGCGGAGUGCCACUACCAGAGCAAGUUGUACCGCCCUGGAGUUGGGACUUUUCUCAUAAUGGAAACAGACGACCGUCAUCAUCUUACAAUAAACCUUUCCUGCCUACGCUAGAUUCCACUUCUUAUCGUGACAAGGAAAAUGCGCAGUAUAAUUUAAAACCAGAAUCUGAAACGCCUCAAGAAAGUUCGACAAUAAAGAAAGAUGCUAGUAAUCAAGAAACACCUAUUAAAGAUAAUGAUAUUAAUAAUCAUACGAGCAAUGUUAACGGUGACAAGGAUCGAGUCGAACCUAUGACGAUGACUAACGACUCAGCUACUCAGAACAUCACGAGAAAAUCUGAAGUUGAAGAAUCCACGAAGAAGCAUCAUGUUACGAAGUUUCAACCGCCUUCGAAGGAAAUCAAUAGCGAGCAGACAUUGAUACUUGGCGUUGCCACAACAGAUUAUGUUGCUUCGACUCAUACUGCGCGACUUCCGGAACUUUCGAAAACGCUGACAACUUUAAACAGUCAAGGUACAAAAUCUUCGAAAAACGACGAGAAAGCGUCUGCAACUAUCAAAGAGGAGAAACCAUUCGAGAAAACUACCAUCUCAACCGCUUCAAAAACAUCCAUGAAGACUUUUUCGACCAGUACCUUAAACAUCGAAACUAGUUCGUCAAUCAAAGUGAUCGAAUCUACAUCGACAAAAGCUAUUCUUCGACCGACCGCGACUACCGUGGAGUCAAGCAUUAAUACUAAGCCGUACGUAUAUUUGGAACCCAGCAGUGUAUCAGAUAUUGAGUAUACCGAACCGAUUUCCACUAUCUCAACUCCAACGCCUACCGACGGUCUUCCUGCGAGUUAUACGAAGAGUUCGACUACGAUGGAAAAGAGUGUUGUUCAUUCCACGGUCUCAACCUUUACAAAAACUACAGAAUCUACACAACGCUAUCGACCGCGACCUGGAAUUGUCUUAGAUGACACUUUGGAUUACACAACAGCGCAAGGAUUACCAAGUCAGAGGCCUUAUGCAUCUUCGAGACAUCCAUCACUCGGUGAUAUUUUUGAUGUAACUGUUUCAGCGAUUCACGGGCCCGGAGGAAGUACUGGCGACAGCAUUAGAGUAUCUUUGAAUUCAGGUAGCAAUGACGUCAUAUUAACUUCCGCUGUGGGCGGAGAAGGAUUUGUAAGUAUUGAUGGUAAAAGGACGUAUAUAAAUUUGUUCGACAAUACAGAUCGAACACCUGAACCGACUCACAUACAGCCACAUCCAAUUAAAACUCAAUCGCCAUCCAUCAUUGGCACUGGCCUCGCUAUUCCACAACCGGAUGCUCCUGUUGUUACUUCGCGUCCAAAUGCACCCAAUCGCAGGCAACCAUCGUUAUAUCGAAGACCAACGCAGCCACCUGUCAGAAUAGAUACUUGCAUUGUGGGCGACACGAGUACAUGUGACUCAAGUCAACACGAAGCUUGUGCAACCAUUCAAGGAGUAUCAGCUUGUCAAUGCAAGCCAGGAUACGCAAGAUUACAGCACUCGCUUCCUUGUAAAAGAAUUGUUAGUAUCGUUGUGUCCAUCAGAGUCGACAAAUUUUACGAGAAGAAAAUCGUGUGGGAUGGAGGACUAGCCGAUAAGGAUUCAGAAUUGUAUCAGACUCUCGCUUACGAGGCAAACAGAGCUGUUGAAUCUGCUAUGUCUAUGACGCCAUUUUCGGAUGAAUAUAUGGGAUCGCAAAUAAAUAACGUUUAUCAAGGAGAUGUGAGCCAAGGACAAGGUGGAAUUUUUGUGAAUGCAACACUGAAGCUUAUGUACGAUCCAAGAACGACCAGGCCGAGUUUGGCAGGUGAACUUCAAAGACAUCUACUGGGUGUUAUACAUAGAAGAAAUAACAAUAUUGGAAAUAGUGCUUUAUACGUGGACAGUCCAGCUGGAUCCAUAUCGAAUCUACAAGAUUUGGACGAAUGCGCUUCGUCAGAGCUGAACGAUUGUCACUCAUCUGCCAGUUGUACUAAUAUCUUCGGUGGUUUCAUAUGUUUCUGCAGUCCGGGAUUGAAAGAUCCUCACAAAGAUGAUCCUAGUGAAUCCGGUAGAACAUGUUUAUCAUGUCCUUCAACAUAUUGCAACAAUCGUGGUACCUGCUCUUAUCAAGGAGAUCAAAUGCAGUGCGCAUGUACUGGAAAUUACUACGGAGCGCAGUGUGAAGUCGAUGGUGAAGUUUUAGGCGUUGCUAUAGGCGCAUCUGUGGCUGCUUUAAUAAUUAUAGUUCUGACGCUAAUCUGUCUUGUUAUGUGGAGUCGAAAGUGGUCUCGCGAACAAAAAUCUGCGUGUUCUCCGGUAUAUGGUUAUAUCCAGGGUGGAAUACCUAGUACUCUUCCAGGGACUUUAGCAAGAGUUGGAUCUGUAGGCACUUUAACGUCAGUGAAACAAGGACCACCGACAAAUUUGCCACCUUACAUGUGGGCUCAUUUUGGAGAGCACAUGGCUACAGCAAAUGUCUAUGCGACUGAACCUAUUGGCCCAACGCGGCCGAGUUCGGCAAUGUUCGGUUAUCCACCCAUGAAUGUUCAUGGAACAUUACCUCCGGUCCCAUUACCGCGGCUUCAGGCCCCACCCCGGCCGAGGCAGAGAUCUCAACCGGAUCCGGAUAGCUCAGAUUCUGAGCCACAGGAUAAGGAUAGAGCUGAUCUAAUUCCUCAGAACAAUGGUUUUCACGUACCCAGGCCGAAGUCGAGAUCGUCAUUAGCGAAUCAAAGCGGGAUUUACAACGACGUGGAGUACGAUCAGGGUGACGUUCAUCAUUUAUCGAAAAACAAUAUCCCGAUGUCCACCUAUAGACCGUAUUACAGAACGUAAAAUUUGCGAUGUGAAAAGUAGCGUUCACUUGCAUAUCAAAGUAAAAGCGUUAAAUAAUUCAUCGUAAUAUUUCUCGUUUAAAGUGCUCAAUAAAUAGUGCAUUAAAACACGUGUGGUGGUGUAAAGUAGACAGAUGUGACUUAUUUCGAAGUUGUCUCUAUGUGUAGCCAAGUUGUCUCUAUGUAAACUGUUCAAAAUGGAAAAUUUGCGAGCAAUAAGAGAAGAGAGUUUCUAAUCUCUAGAGCGUAUUAAGCAAUUUUUUUUUUUUAGAGAAUCUUGUUUGCUAUAAAGUUGUGUUUUUGUAAUCACGCAAUAGUUGCGAUAAAACUAAUACUAAUUCCGAUGUAAUAGGAAUAUAUUUAUUAUUCACAGAAUCAGUUUUGGUAUUUUCUAUUAAAAAAUUAUUAUGUUAGAGAUUUGUAUAGUUUAUUAAUCUUAGAUUAACUACUCGUCUCGGAAAAUUGUCCGACACCUAAUUCUUUUCUUCCUUUUUCGGUUUUUUUUUUGUUUUUAUUUAUGUAAUGGUCAGUAUUUGAAAUAACUCAAGAGAGAAAAUUUUAUGUAUAUCACAUAACCGAAAUAGUAAAAUAUGAUUAUAUAAUGUCAUGUAGUAAUCCAGAGCUAACACACAGAAUCACAUGCAUUUGACUAGUUAAUUAUUUCAAGUAUUACUGUUAACUCAAUACUGUUAACUCUACGCGUAAAAAUAAUUUAAAAGAGCAAAAACGACUGUGUUUAUUUUAGUAAUUUAUGAUUGUUAAGCAAAAAUAAUUAUUGUGUUAUGUAAUUUGGUAAUAUAAUAUGAUUUUGUUUGUUAAGUAGUGUUAAAUAGUUUUAAGUUUUGAAGUAUAUUUUUAAGAGAAAUGUGUUAAAUUUUAUUAAUUAAUAUAAUGUUUUAAUUAAUUUAUUAAAAAAUAUAGUAUAAUAUUUGAUUGAAAAAUGUAGUGUAAUAUUUGAUCGAGAAUAGUAAAUAAUUAUUUUCUA